AUGACCGUUACGCCGUUUCAGACUGUGUUUGCGGUGCCGUUGAGCUGCGAGGACUGUAUCAAGGAUGUUUCUACGUCGUUGAACAAUAUCCAGGGUAUCAACAAGAUCGACGCAGACUUGAAGCAGCAGUUGAUUUCCAUUGUGGGCACUGCUGCGCCCUCUGCCAUCGUUUCUGCCAUCCAGGCUACCGGCCGCGAUGCAAUCUUGCGGGGAAGUGGUCUUCCAGAUAGCGCCGCAGUAUGCAUUCUCGAAACACAUUCGACAAGCGUCGCCGACAAGGUGCGCGGGAUUGCGCGCAUGGUGCAAGUCUCGCCGACCCUGACCGUGGUUGAUCUGACAAUACGCGGCCUCUCGCCGGGCAAAUACUGGGCGAGUGUGCGGGAGACGGGCGACAUUUCUCAGGGCCCGGCCUCGACAGGCGGCAUCCUGGGGGCGCUGGAAAGUAGUGCUGCUGCUGCUGGUGCCAAAACACAGGGACAAGAAGGUCAAGGUCAGAAGGCACAGCCACGAGGGCUGUUUGGUACCGUGGAGAUUGGCAAGGGCGGAAUGGGCAGUGUGUUUUUCGACCGCCCGAUACAGAUAUGGGAGAUGAUUGGACGGAGUAUGGUCGUGUCCAAGCAGCAGCCCGAGGGGGGGAACUUUGACAAGGAGGACCCAGAUACCCUGGUUGGGGUGAUUGCGAGGAGUGCGGGCGCGUGGGAUAAUGAUAAGACGGUGUGCUCGUGUACGGGCAAGACGUUGUGGGAGGAGCGCAAGGAGCAGGUGGGCAAGGGGAUGAUAUGA